AUGCCGCCCCCAGGCGCUCUGUCCAGGCAUGUUCGCGUUGUCGCCAGCAAAAGGUACGUUUGCGAAGAGGAUCUGCGACUCCUCGUGAGAAUUGACAGCAAGCAGAUGAAAUGCUCAGGCGGCCCAGCCCCCUGUGAGCGCUGUGCGAGGUUCGGCCGCGAUUGCAUCUUCGAGCCCCCCAAUAUGAAUCUCGCUACGACCAGCACUUUUGCGCCCCGUGCCGAGAAUCACCACCACCAGCAGCCUCCGCUGACUCCCUCCGACGGCUCUUUGACGCUGGAACAUCAGGAACACCUUCACCGCAGUCCCUCGAGUGCUCGCAAUCGCAGCCUGGACGCGGUCAGCACAGGAGGUUCCGGCGGGGGAACGCGUCCCCAACCGCCAGCUUCGCGACCCACAGGCCUGCUGCCUAAUGCGACACCUUAUUCCAGUGUGCAGGAGCUGGAAACUAACUGCCACCACUGGGCGGGGGGAUAUCAAACUCCGUCGGAUGGGCACAGUACUGGUGACAAAAGACGGCGAUGCACAGGGGGUCGACAGGCAGCCAGCCCCGGCGAUCGCGCCGGCCUUUCAGCGUGUCUCAUGGAGGCCGGCAUCACCCUGGCUGACGCACAAGAGCUUUUCAAGCUGUUUGGCGAGCGACUGUCUCCCUUCAUCCCUUCCUUCUAUGCGACUGAUUUCAACAGCCUCCCCUCCGAGCCGCUUUACGUCCUGGCCGCAAUUAAUGCCGUUGCGCGCUAUCUUCCUGACUCCGACGCCCUGCGUGAUCGCAUAUGUCGCAUUCUGCGUCGGCUGGUCUCGGACUUGAUUCUUCAGCCGACUGGAGAUCAGGCAAGUGCAGCAAUGUUGGAGAACAUGCAGGGCCUUGUUGUUCUGUAUUCGUGCUGCGAAGCGACCGGGCCCAGUCCCGAUCAUCGGCAGGGGGAUUCUGGCUUCGACAUGCUCACGCUGAAGGGAAUCGCUGAGGCGUACGCUGUAAAGUGCAAGAUUGGCGUUGACUGUGCCCUGAACAAAGUAUCCAGUGAUAAGCUGCCUUUGGUGUGGGUGGUGUGGCUGUACACAAUGAGCCAUCAUUGCGCUGUCAUUCACGGCUGUCCUCGGACCCUCUCUGGCUCAAUUGAGCUUCUCCGGGUCAAGGUAGCCCUGGAGCAGACGGUCCAUCAUCCGCGCAUUCGCCUGCUGCUGGGCGAGUGCGAGCUUUGUCUGCUGUGGGAAAGAGCUUCUGCUAUCCAGGGGAGCAACCCACAAACUGUGUAUGAGGCACUGGAUCUCUGGAAAGCGGAAUGGCAAGAGUUCCUGUCUGGUGGCGCGGCCCAAGGUCGACACUUGUAUUUCCACUACUUCUUCACACGCUUUCACCUCUUGACACACAUGGUUGGUGAGACCGGCGAGCUCUAUAUUGCGGUGGGUGAGAGCCUUGAUGCAGCACGGGAUUUCCUACACUGGAUCGGGAGCCUGUCGCCGAUAUCCAAGGAUCGUCUGCGCUAUCUCUGCGACUUUGCCUUUGUGCUCAUGGCCUAUGUGGGCUUAUAUGUCCUCCGGGCUCUAAGGAGUGAUGUAGUCACUCUGGAGAAUCAGAGAGAGUUUCUACGGAUGAUUCAAGAUCUGGCCUCACUCAUGAAGUCGUUGGGCCCGAGAGGCGAUACUCGGCCGACCGUAUACGGGUAUGCGCUGGAGGCCAUGUGCAAGCAGUAUCGAAUCACCAGAAUGGAUGGCCAGCCUACUGGACAUGCGGCUAAUCUACAAAACGUAGCCGAGGUGGUUGGUCUGUCUCGACCGUCUCAGGUCAACAUGGACCUCCCAAUGCCAGCAGAAGGUCUCAUGGACGAGGACCUUCUCCGCCAGAGCCGAUUAUCUCCGGGAUUUUGGACACUUGAUCCGGAUCUCUCCGUGUUUGACGGGAUAAUGGCCGGUAUCCCGGUGCCUGAGGAGCCAUAA